CCGGGCGGGCGGCUGGCCCCGCCCCCAGCGGCUCCUGGCGGAAAUGCUCCUCCCGAGCGCGCAGCUCUGGGCCUUGCACUUCCGGCUGGAGGCUCCCGGCCGGAGCACCCGCAGCCGAGCCCCCGACCUGGGGCCCCAGGAGCCCUGCAGACGGUUAACCAUGGCGAGGUCCGGCCCGGGCCCCCAGCCCCUCGGGUGAGGCUCCGCCUGGGGCUCCGCGAACCGCCCCGAAUCAUGGGGGUGAAGAGAGCUCCGAGCAGGCGACGUUCUCGUUCUCGCUGAAAGUCGUGGCCCAGGCCGAGCGGCGCUCCCUGCAGCCCGUCCUCAGGAGAGGUGCCUGCCCCCACCGGCCCCGGCUGGGGCUUGCCGCUUCCACGGAUGGGGAGGUGGGCCCUGGACGUGGCCUUUGUGUGGAAGGCGGUGCUGACUCUGGGGCUGGUCCUCCUCUACUACUGCUUCUCCAUCGGCAUCACCUUCUACAACAAAUGGCUGACGAAGAGCUUCCACUUCCCCCUCUUCAUGACGAUGCUGCACCUGGCCGUGAUCUUCCUGUUCUCCGCGCUGUCCCGGGCGCUGGUCCAGUGCUCCAGCCACAGGGCCCGCGUGGUGCUGAGCUGGCCCGACUACCUCAGAAGAGUGGCUCCGACAGCACUGGCAACGGCGCUUGACGUGGGCUUGUCCAACUGGAGCUUCCUCUACAUCACCGUCUCACUGUACACUAUGACCAAAUCCUCAGCCGUCCUCUUCAUCUUGAUCUUCUCUCUGAUCUUCAAGCUGGAGGAGCUGCGUGCGGCGCUGGUCCUGGUGGUCCUCCUCAUCGCGGGGGGCCUCUUCAUGUUCACCUACAAGUCCACGCAGUUCAACAUGGAGGGCUUUGCCUUGGUGCUGGGGGCCUCGUUCAUCGGCGGCAUCCGCUGGACCCUCACCCAGAUUCUCCUGCAGAAGGCGGAGCUUGGGCUCCAGAACCCCAUUGACACCAUGUUCCACCUGCAGCCGCUCAUGUUUCUCGGGCUCUUCCCUCUCUUUGCCAUCUUCGAAGGUCUCCACUUGUCCACGUCUGAGAAGGUCUUCCGUUUCCAGGACGCUGGGCUGCUCCUGCGGGUGCUCGGGAGCCUCUUCCUCGGCGGGGUUCUCGCCUUCGGCUUGGGCUUCUCCGAGUUCCUCCUGGUGUCCAGAACCUCCAGCCUCACUCUCUCCAUCGCGGGCAUUUUUAAAGAAGUCUGCACUUUGCUGUUGGCGGCCCAUCUGCUGGGCGACCAGAUCAGCCUCCUGAACUGGCUGGGCUUCGCCCUCUGCCUCUCGGGGAUAUCCCUGCACGUCGCCCUCAAGGCCCUGCCCUCCAGAGGGGAUGGCGGCCCCAAAGCCCCCAAGGGGCUGGGUUCCAGCCCUGACCUGGAGCUGCUGCUUCGGAGCAGCCAGCCGGAGGAGGAUGGCAACGAGGCGGCGGAGGAGGAGGAGUACUUCGUGGCCCAGGGAUAGCGGCGACCCGCCUCUCCCACCCUUUGUGCCAGGCGGCAGCUCAGGGCCCGGUGGCUCCGCGCAGCAGCUGGGAGCGGCGGGCCUGGGUCAGGGACUUGGUCGGACCGGCCAAGCGAGCGCCCAGAGCUGGGCCGUGCUGGGCUGGAGUCGCAGCGGACGGAGGGAGGGCUCUUUCUCAACUGGCUGCCGGGACCGUGACUCCAGAGGCCUCUCCGAGGGGCCUGGUUUGGGCUGCAGAGCAGCUGGGACGGGGACAUGGAGACGCUUUUUGCCCCGACAGUCUUUCCCCGGAGAGCAGACCUGGUUGCGGUUUGCAAAUAAAGGGUGUUCGGUCCUCUGGCCGCCUCGUGUUGCCUGCAGGUGUGGGCGCAGGGAGGGGCGGCCCCGGCCCGGCCUACCCCCUUCUCUGCCUGGGGCCUCCUGCGGGGGACUGGUCACUCCCCAGGCCCUCCGCAUCGCGUCCCUUGUGCUCCUGGUGGAGCCCCGGGACCCUGUCUGGCGGCCCAGGCGCACCUGCAGGCAGGAAAACAGUUAAUGUGCAGUGAGUCCCAUGUUCUGGGGACCUGGAAGCUUUCACAGCCUGGGCUUCAAUCCUGACUGCGUCACUUACUGGCCGUGUGAUCUUAACCAAAUCGUGGAACCUCUCUGUACCAGCUUUGUCAUCUGUGAAAUGGGGAGAAUAAUUGUCUCGGAGUUGUUCUGAAGAUUGGAAACAGUUUAAA